GUGGGCAUUUGUGUUGUUUCCAUGCAAGUACUUGCUUAACGAUUGUAAAGCGACAAUUUUCUUGGAUGUGUCUAAAUAUUAAAAGAAUUUUAUCGGCAUAUCCCAUAAAAGUGCGGAAAGUCAAAAUUUAAUGAAAUAUUAGUUAUUUUAUAACCGCGUAUUAGGAAUACAUUGACUAAUUGCAACGUGUAGCUUGUUAUUAGUGUACCACACCCCCCCAACAAUUCAUUACGAUUGUUGCUUUUAUUUUACAGCCGGAAUUACCAUUUACCAUCUGCUGCUACCUGCUUUUGCAAAGUAGUUAAAUUCAAUUCACUUAUUUAUAAUAUCUUGAGUAACGUUAUUCGUUUACUACGAAACAGUCAACAUAACGAAACGUGGAUACAUAAAUGUAUACCAAUUGAAGUAUUAUUUGAUAUUCAGCAUAAACAAGAACAAAUAUUGGGCUUAUUCCUUUUCACAGCAUCAAUAGCAUUUCAAAAAAUGUGUAGCGAAAUAUUCUGACCUCGACAAAUUUUCAAGUCAAAAUCUUUCUUUGACAUGCUCAUUGUCCUCAUAGACAUUAAGCAUUUGUAAUUUAAAAUGGAUAGAAGUGUGGAUUCGAUUGGUAGCUGCUCUCUUGACGUCGACGCUGAUUCCACGGACGUAUCAGAUAUAAGUGGGAGUUUGAAUUUUCCAACACCAAUUUCUAUUAAAGACAUAACCACAGAAUUCACCACAAAUAUACGCGAGCGAUGUUCUGUUCAGACUUUUCAUGAAUUCAACAAGGAUUUUAUGGAUCUUGAGUCGCAAAUGGUGCUGAAACAGCCAACAUGUGCCUUAUUAAAUUCAUCCAAUCCGAUUUCGAAUAAAAUCGCUGGUCAGACUGUUUCAAGUUCCGACAAAAAGCCAAGUUAUCUAAAUCUGGCUUGUUGUGUGAACGGGUAUUCUAAUCUUACAACUUAUGAUUCUAAAAUACGACAAGACAUUAAUAAAUCACGCGAGGUGUCACCCAUCCGCCCGUCAUCAAAUAGUAUUCAGUAUUGUAAAAAAAGCAAUUCACUAGCUCCACCAAUAUUAUUACAAAUGGCUGAUGAUAGAGGUGGCGUUUCUAAUACGAAAUCGACGGCAACUAAUGGGCAAUCUAUAAAUUUUGGGUUUAAUAACACAGAAAACAAUGAGCACUGUGUUUCACUAUGGCAGGAGGAUAUUCGCACUACUAGUUUUAUUCAACAGAGAGUGGAACGGUUGUAUGGACCUGCUGCGCUAGCACAAGGUUUUUAUAGUCCAAAAAAAGUUCGUAGCACUUUUGUUUGUAAGAACCCACGGGAUCGCGAUGAUGCUGGUUCAUCAGAACUGGAAAGAAAAUUUCAACAACUUACUCCAAGUAAAGAUUAUUCCGAGUUUCGGAAAAAGUUAAAUGGGACUAUAACAAACUCUCCUCGCCAAGAGUUUCGUGCUCAGUUGCCCAUAAUUUCGCCAAAAAAAAACCAAUCAAGAAGUUCUCUUCAAAAGAACUUAAGUUCAAAAAAUGACACAACAGAUACGUUUGAAGAAUUAAUAGAUGAAGUGGAUCGUAAAGAAAUUUCGAAAUCUCCAUAUGGAAUAAGUAAUGAACGUUCACCACAUAAAGACAAUAUGCAAUACCAAAUUGCGGUAAAAUCAAAUUUAAAUGAUCCCACAAUUGAAUGCUUAGAGAAGGAUGGUAAUUACUUUCUUCAUUUGCUGAAAAACGAACAAAGUCGCCUUUUAGCUUUGGCUGAUAAAGCAGAACGAUACGCUGACGAAUUGUGUGACAAUACCGACGUUUCAGAGGACACUUUAGGCUUCUUGCGUUCAGCUUAUGGUAAAGCUCGGUUGCUGGUGUCACAAAAGAUGAAGCAAUUUGAAGGUCUUUGUCAAAAUAAUUUGAACUCAACGCCUCAAGAAAAAUUUCCAACUACAAAUGAUGAUCUUCAAGGAUUUUGGGACAUGGUGAAUUUGCAAGUCGAUCAUAUCAAUUCUAUAUUUGAUGAGAUAGAAGUAUUAAAACAAAACAAUUGGAAGAAACCAGCGGAAAUUCUACCUAGAGAAUCCAACAAAAUAUUCAAAAUACAAACAAAAGCUAUAAAGACUGUCAACCAAAAGACAAAAGCUGGUACAUCUAAUGGAAAUGACUGUAAAACAAAAUCAGUCUCAUCGGCCGCUGCUUUGAAACGUGAAUCUCAAAGAAAAAUGUUGAUGGAAAUGAAACGAAAAAACAAAAAUGCUAUGACAGCUAAAUCAACUAUAUCGGUUCGAGAUUCUGUUGAGCCACUUGCUUUAAAUUUUGAUCCGUUAGAUUCCGUUGAGAUAUUUGUCAAACACAGUAAUUGAAAAUUCGUUAAUAAGUGCUUUGGUCUUACUAAACUCUACUAGUCUUCUAACAAAAUCGAAUGAUAGAUAUUCUCCUAUCUUUUGCUUCGACUAAUUCUCGUUUUAUAUAAAAUUGAUAAGCGUUAUAUACACCAAUAAUACUCGUUUUGCAGGCUAAUCAUUCAAAAUAAAGCAGUGUGCUAUUAAAAGAAAUUGAGUAAUUUAUAUAUGUGCUCCUUUUACGGAUUCUAAAUCUGUUAUAUAAAAAAUGCAAUAUCAAUCAUUUACUUCAUUUUCGCUUUAAAAUAUAAUGUAAUUGAGCCAAAUUCAUAGUUUUCAAUUUAGUUAAAUUAUAUUUACUGUUACUAGCUUAAAACUAUGAAAAAAUGUUGGAAUUGGUUGACAUCUUAAAUACGCACUGUACAUACAAUUUUGAUAUUUUUAUAUUAAUUGAUUUAUCAUAUGAAUUUUGCGUGAUUGUCACAGAAUAAUAUUUAAUAUAAAAAUACAUUUACUUUAUGGAAAUUCUAAACAUAUGAAAAUAACGUUUACCUAUUAAUCAACUACUGGUUAAAUUUAGAAAGUAAUUGCAAAACUAUAAGAAGGUCCAUAUCGGCAGUGUGUCGACAUCUAGAUCAAAUUUCGGUUUUUUAUAAUGACUGCUUGGGUUUUUAAUAAACAAACAAAACUUAAAAUUUAGUUUUGUUUCAGAAAGUAAUAUGUA